AGCCAACAAGAGGAAGAAGAAGAGCGUUUUGUUGUAAAGCGACGGCACAGAAGGAAUUCAGAACUUGUUAACCAAAAUAAUAAAUCAUUUACUCUAAAUUUACGACAAAGUAAUACUAAAUAGCUGCAAUAAUGGCGAAAAUGGCAUUUCAACAUCAGGCUGGCACGGCCAUGGAAUGUUUAAGCAUACCAAUAACGCUGCACAAGGAAAAGGAUUAUGACCAAGAAGGACGAGAAAUCCUGAAAUGUGGCUUUAAAAUUGGAGGCGGUAUUGACCAGGACUAUAAGAAGAGUCCACAAGGCUACACGGACUAUGGCAUUUACGUCACUGAAGUGCACGAAGGAAGUCCUGCUGCCCGGGCGGGUCUGCGCAUUCAUGAUAAAAUACUGCAAUGUAAUGGCUAUGACUUCACAAUGGUCACCCAUAAAAAGGCCGUUAGUUAUAUUAGGAAAAACCCGAUCCUUAAUAUGUUGGUGGCACGCAAAGGCGUCACUUCCACAUAGAUGGAAAAAGGAUUAACGGAAUUGAGCCGGACCUCUAUGGGAAGCAGGAGAAGCUUAUUAACUAAAUCGACUAUACUGCCUCUCACACUUUAACUUUCUUUGCUCUAAGGAUCUCUUCAAAACUCCGAAUACUUACAAUUAGAUAUAUAAUAUAAAUAUAAAUACAUAGCUCAUACUUACAUAUACAUUUAUAGACAUACAUACAUACCUAACUUAUGCAUAUCGCACAACAUACACACAUAUAUAUAUAUAGAGAGAGAGAUACAUACCAUUUGUUUAUGUAUGUAUAUGUAGCACUUAGCAAUGCUUCUUGUUAAAUUCAAUUUCUUUGCCUUGGUUUUAAGUAGCCAUUCUCCCCCUAGGUUGUUAUAUUGUAUGUGCUGCUCAUCAGUUGCCAAGACACCGUCGUAAACAAGAUGCCAAAACCGUACAGCGAAAAACUUGACCAUAAACAGAUAGUACUACUUUGUAGAAAUUGCCAGAAUUGAUAUCUAUUAAUAUAUAAACAAUUUUUGUACAGCUUUUGUACUUUUAUACAUAGCAAGUAUAUACAUAGAUACAUACAUUCACACACACACAUGCAAUAAGUGUGUUCCACUAUCGCCACCCACAGAAGCAUUCCAAAAUGAAAAUGAGGCAAAAACAAAGAAAGAAAUGAUAAAAGAAAAACCAUCGCAAAAGUUGUUAAGACACUCACAUAAUACUUACAUACAUAAAUCAAUAUAUACUACUUGUGAUAAAUGCCGUUAAUUGUGCAGAAGAGAUGUGUAUACAAAAUACAUUUUUUAAGUUUUUAA